AUGGAAAGCCCAGCUAAGGACAUCUACUUUCUUGGGCGAGAUAAAGAAGAAACAGAGCGUUUGAACAAACAACACCGCUUCUUACUCGCAGUCUCAGAUGAUCGGUUGAUUCACCUAGCAAUACCCACAGGUAAUAUCGCUGCAGUAGCAGAUAUCGGUACUGGAACUGGUAUCUGUCUCGAAGAACUCGCCCAUAUACUCCCAACCACCAAACCCCUCGACCUACAUGGCUUCGACAUCUCAUCCGCUCAGUUUCCCCCCGGAGCCGAGAUUAUAGUCUCAGGCAAACGACCGAUCCCGCUUACCGCGCACGAUGCACUGAAUAAAUACCCCGCCGAACAUCAAGGUCGCUAUGAUUUAGUACAUAUUCGACUUCUGGUAGCUGGUAUCAAAAAAGAAGAUUAUGCAAUCGUGCUGAGGAAUGCAAGGGAUCUUCUCAAACCAAAGGGAUACAUCCAAUGGGAAGAGGUAGAUACCUUAGCUUUCUGCACAGACCAAACUCCAGAAUACCCGCUUAUAACCUAUCUGCGUUCUGUGGUCAUCAGAGGAAUGGAGAAGGUCGGAUUCUCUAUCUACGCCCCACGGCAUGUCUUCGAAGAGGUGUCAAAGGGAGGGUUUAGAGAGUCCCAGAUUGUAAGGCUUACUACAGUUGGGAAGGAGCAUUUACAUGAUGAAGCAAGGAAAUGGGUCGGUGGUAUCAUUCGGAUACUGGUGAAAAGAUCAUUGCUUGUUUUGGGAGAGGUCAAGAGUGAAGAGGAAGCUGAUGGAGAGGUUGAAAAGCUUGUUCAGCAGUUUGAAGAGCAUGCUGUGGAAGCUUUGCCGUUGGUUAAUCUGGGGGUUGUUGUUGCGCAGAGAGAUGAGUAG